GAGGGACGGUUAGCGGCUGCCUGCAGCGUCCCAACCCAACACUUUUGACAUGCACCCGACGCAUUUGUUGGCACUUGACAGUCAGGUCGGGCCACAACUUACAGCGAGCGAGCUCGACAUGGAAUAGUACCUACCUGGGUUAUCUUAUGGACAGGCGCAUUCCACUCGGCGCAUGACAUGAGCGACCCAGGCACUAGACCGUACCGUGCCACCGUGCUACCGCACGACGAUUCAUUCAGUGACAGGCUUCCAGGUUGCUACGAUCUGGAAUAAGGUACGUAGAGCCCGAUCCCGACAAACUCAGGCUCAACCCAGCACCAACUCAAACUCGGUCUCGGAAAAGCAGGAAUAAGGUACCACCUACCUAAGCAUGCUGGACCAGUCGGUUUUCAACCUGGUGCUCAUCCGCGGGGCCAUCAUACUACUGCAAUACACUCCGGCAAUCGAAGCGCUGGUUCUUGGCGCCCUGCUCUAUGCCAAGAUAUUCUUCCUCCCUACACACGAACAACACCACGGCCACAACCACGGCCAUGGCCACAUCCACGAUGCCUCCCGUGGCAGCAGUAGCACCGGCCUCACCGCAGCCAUCGCGGCGGUGACGGCCCUGCUCGCUGCCGAGGCCGUCUACGCCGUGGCGCUGUACCUGCCGCACCACCGGCGGCUGCAGGAGGAGGCGGCGCACCCCGAGGGGCUGUCGCGCGCGUCGCGGGCGGACCUGUUCGCGCGGUGCGCGGCCAACGUGCGCGACUGGGACCGGUACCUGCGCGUAUGGUUCAUGGAGGCGCCCUCGGAGCACAUCCGCCGCGACAACAUGCGCGACUUUGUGCUGUGGGCCUUUUUCGACGGGGACGUCUCGCUCGUGGGCGCGCAUCUCGACGGCGAGGAUGGCGGGGAUGGCGAAGAUGGCGAGGAUGGCGAGGAUGAGAUCGACGGCUUCGUGCGCCAGAUCGAGGGCUUCCUCGGCCGCCCCUUUGCCCCUGGCCGUGGGCCCGCCCGCGCCUUCCGCCUCACGCUCGAUGCUGUCGAUACUCGCUACCGUAGCGUCAUCUGGUACGGCUUCGUCGUGGCUGCCGUCGACCUCAUCACCCACGCCUCCAUGGCCCUCAACGGCUUCGCCUACUACGCCCCGCCCGGCCUGUGGCGCCGGGCCGCCGCCGUCUUCCCACCCACCGGCCUGCUGCGCGGAGCCGUUGCCGCUGCCAUGCAUCCGUCUUCGUCUCUGUCUCGGUUUGCGAGCGGUGAUGUCGGCGUCGGUGCUGCCGGCAGCGGCGGCCUUGAGAAGCGCGCGCUGCGGUCCUCGCCCUCGUCCGAGGUAGGCUACUGGUACCGGCUGCACCGGUCGCGCACGCGGCUGCCCGUCGUCUUCAUGCACGGCAUCGGCGUCGGGCUGUGGCCGUACACGCGGUUCCUGGACGAGAUCAGCCGCGGUGGCGACGACGGCGACGACAAGCAGGUCGGCGUCAUCGCUCUCGAGGUGCUGCCCAUCUCGACGCGGCUGACGUCGCGGCCCCUGACGCAGCACGAGUUUGUCAGGGACAUGUCGCGGAUCCUGGCCCAGCACGGCCCCGAGUGGAUGAGCUUCGUGCUCGUGUCGCACAGCUACGGCUCCGUGCUCACGACGCACAUGCUGCGGUCGCCUGACCUCGGCCCCCGCGUGCGCGCCGCCGUGCUCGUCGACCCUGUCACCCUGCUGCUGCACCUGCCCGACGUCGCCUACAACUUCACCCGCCGCGCCCCGCGCACCGCCAACGAGUGGCAGCUGUGGUACUUUGCGAGCAUGGACCUCGGCGUCGCCGAGACGCUGGCGCGCCACUUCUUCUGGCGCGAGAACAUCAUCUGGCGGGAGGAGCUGCUGGAGCUCAAGGGUGGUGGGAGCAGCGAGGGCGGUGGCGAGGAGAAGAGAGAAGCCGGCGGCAACAGCCUGAGCCGCCGCCGUCUCCGCGCAGAGACGCAGGGCAGCAGCAGUAGUGGCGACAGCGACAGCGGCAGCGGCAGCGGCAGCCAGAGCACCAAGAAGCUCGCCACAGAGGCCGGCGAGAAGAGAAAGGUGGCCGUCUGCCUGUCGGGCCGAGACCUGAUCGUCGACACCCGCACCAUCGCCAUGUACCUGGCCAGCGAGGGCGACUUUGCCAAGGUGCCCGAGGAGAAGCUGAGCCGGGACUUUGUGAGCGGGAACCCGGGGGACAGGGACGGCACGUUCAAGCACCACACGGCGCCGUCGGAGAUGGAGAUUCUGUGGUUCGGACAGCUGGACCACGCGCAGGUGUUUGACGAGCGCCAGGACAGGAGUCGUGUUGUCGAGGUGGUGAGGAGGUUCUGCUGGGAGGCGCACGGAUAGACGAUGUUGUUGCGUAGAUGUUAGAUUGGAGUUGGUAUGUAGACAGCGAGAGUGGUGUCUGGUGUAUAUAUUGUCUGUGUCUGAUCGUACAUGUACAUAUUUGCAGUUCCGGGUAACGUAGGCGUGCCGCCGCAGUGUUAGACCGCCACCCGCUUGCUCGACAUGGCUGAAGCCUCCUAGCUGAAAAACAAGGUGCUGCAAGAAACAAAAAAGGACAGUAAAUCAUCUGAGCUCAAACAGUGGCCUGCCAAUCGGAAGUCAAGCCCCUAAACCACACCCUCUCCCUCGCCCCCCUUCCCAAUCCCAAUCCCAUUCUCCUUCUCCUUCUCCUUCUCCUU